ACCGCCAGUCACUAUAGUCAGUAGUCACCGCUCGCCAGUCAGUCGUUCACUUUCCGUACUGUAUGUUGUGUCGCGCGUGCGUUUCGCGUUCCGUCCGCAGUCGCAGUUCAAUCCGUCGCUAAUAAAUUAUAAUAUAAUAUCAAAGAAAAUAACGCGAUACUGCGACAACAUCCCGCCGCUUUGGUGUCCGAUAAACCAGCACAUCUCCCGUCAAAAUCUCUGUCGUUGCCGUUUUGCCGUGCGUUAACCGUCGUAUUACUUUUGGUUUAUAAUAUAAUAUAUACCUUUUCUCACGUGAAUGGAACGGCAAGUUUCGUCGCUAUUGCGACGGUCGAGGCGGUGGUCGACGGCAUGAAACGUUCGUUGGCCCUCGGUCGUGCGGUUCAUUGCGAAAAUAUGCGUCCGCGAAAAAAAGUCGGCCGACCCGCCGCAGUGUGACGACGAUGAAGGGCACGUGAAACGCCGCCGCCGAGCACGGGGCGCUUAAGCCGGGCGACGACAUGUGGCCUGCAGCUUCGCCGACGGCGCUCGCCACUGCUACCACUGUGGCCGUCUUCCUGACUGUGGUCGUCGGAAAGUUUGGACGAAUAAGUUCUACCCCCGUCCAACAUCCAGGGAAAUUACCGACGCUCAACCAUUUCAUAAAGCACUAUACGCCUGCGGAAUACGACCGGGACGGCUUGUUGGAACAGCACCGGCGGAUGCGCAGGGAUGCCACCGCCGCUAGUAAUCAACGACUGCUAUCGCCGUUACGGCUCACCAUCGCCACACCACACAGGACGUUCAAAAUGUUGCUGACGCCAGACGAGAAACUAUUCGCUGACGACGUGGUGUUCGAGGGCUCGGGAGAUCGGCCAAUACCGUUUGAUCCAGGCAAAGCUUACGUCGGCACAUUGGAAGACGAGGAGACGGUGACCGUGCGUGGCAUCGUGACGUCCGACGGGCUGUUUGACGGCACCAUCAGCACAGCAGCCGAGGAAUACUUCGUGGAACCUUCAUCGCGGUAUGUCGACCGUGACGGUUCGGUGCUACCGUACCACAGCGUUGCGUACCGGUUAUCGGACGUAGCCGGCCCGAAGUCGGCCGGCGGCGGUUGCAGGUCGGAGGCGCUGCGCGAACGCCGGUCGGCUGACAACGGCCACGUUGACGCCGAGAGGCUGGUGAACCAGACGUACGACACGGAGGGUGUAAUUCUGGUGAGGUCGCCAAACGGAACCAUCGUGAACCGUAGCAGGCAGUCGGCUACCAGCAAAACGUCCGUGCCGAAGCCCAACUGGUACGACCCAAACGAUCAGCGCAAGAUACUAGUUGCGGUGGCUGGUGACGAGGCCAGCAGCAACCUGGUGGUGGACGACAGCGGUGCUUACAAUCCGUUUGAGAACCACAAGAAGGGGCUAGGUGGGUUCGUCGACAACCGGAAGACCACGUGUAUGCUGUACCUGCAGGCCGACCACCUGUUCUACGAGAAGUACGGCAGGGAAGAGACAUGCAUUGAAGUCAUGACUAGACACGUGCAGAGGGUGAAUGCCAUUUACAGGAACACUGACUUUAAUCAAGACGGCAAACCAGACAAUAUAAGCUUCAUGAUUAAGAGGGUGAAAGUGCACUCUAACCCAGACCCUACCUACAAGUUCCUAGGGAAUUACGGCGUGGAGAAGUUUUUAGAAAUAUUUUCGGAGGAAGAUUACGAUGCUUUUUGUUUGGCUUACAUGUUCACGUACAGAGAUUUUGAAAUGGGUACUUUGGGCUUAGCGUGGACAGGCGAUUUGAAGAACGCAGGCGGUGUGUGCGAAAAAAACGGACAUUACCGGGGUAGUUUAAAAAGUUUGAACACCGGUAUAGUGACUCUAUUGAAUUACGGAAAACACGUACCUUCCGCAGUGUCUCACGUUACUCUGGCACACGAAAUUGGCCAUAACUUUGGCUCGCCUCACGACCCCGAGAUCUGUACGCCCGGUGGUGACGACGGUAACUAUAUUAUGUUCGCUCGAGCAACUUCGGGCGACAAGAAAAAUAAUAAUAGGUUUUCACCGUGUAGCUUGUCCGCUAUAAAUCCUGUACUAAACGUCAAAGCGAGGAGCACUAGAGGAUGUUUCACCGAACCGCAAACAUCGAUUUGUGGUAACGGCGUCGUUGAACCUGGCGAAGAGUGCGAUUGCGGAUGGGAAGAGGACUGCAAAGACGCAUGUUGUUUCCCUCAAAGGAGAUACUCUCCACCGGAAGAACCGCCGUGUAGAUUGACACCAAAGAGUGUCUGUAGCCCUUCACAGGGGCCUUGUUGCACGAACGAAUGCAAUUUGAAAAUGGGAGAACUUUGUCGCAAUGACAAUGGUUGCCGAGAUGCUAGUUAUUGUAACGGAAUGACUCCUACCUGUCCUGCUUCUAUCAACAAGCCAAAUAAGACUGUAUGCAAUGAAGAAUUUGUAUGCUACAUGGGAGAAUGUACUGGGUCUAUAUGUCUCGCAUAUGGACUAGAAUCCUGCCAAUGUUUACCCACCCCUCAGGACUCUCCAACUAAAGCUUGCGAGUUGUGUUGUAAACUACCCGGUGAAAAUCAACCUUGUUUGUCAUCAUAUUCUUGGAAUAACGUGCCAUACGACAUACCAGAUAUGUAUUCUAAGCCGGGUACUCCGUGUAACGACUACAAUGGAUAUUGUGAUGUAUUUCAAAGAUGUAGAGAGGUUGAUCCAUCAGGGCCUUUAGCAACGCUUCGAAAGUUGUUGUUAUCUGAAGAAAGUAUUGCUUCAUUUAAAAAAUGGGCUAUAGAUCAUUGGUACUAUUCUGGUCUAAUAGUGGCCUCUUUCCUAUUGAUGCUGGUUCUAAGUACGCGGUUGUUUGGAAAACGAUCGGAUCCAAAAUUAAAAUCGGUGACGAUCAUUCACAGUUCGACCACAGAAACUGUCCGGUUGCCAGCUGACGGUGACAAUCAAAACGUUACCGUUCAUCCCGCUGCCGUGCGUUCGAAACUUCCAUUGAAAAAACGAGUACGUGAAAAACGUAACGUAAAUAAUAACAACAGUCCCGCAAAAAAGAGUCGUAAGAAUGUCGCAGCGGAGGAAGAAUCGACGACGGAGACGUCUUCGCCCAAAAAAGUCGGCCCAGGAGCCCAAAAGAAAGAACGGAAGACAAGGCGAAAGAAAUCAAAAGGCGUCAUUGACUACAGCAUCGUCCAGAACAAAGUGCUAGUUGCGAACAAGAAAACGCCUGAAGACGACCCGCUGGGCAAGGUUCGCAAUUGGCUGUUGAACUCGCAUCACAUCGAGGCUCUCGGUGGCACGUUGAGAAAGUCAAAGUCUUCACCGGCCGGUUUCACGAACCCUCCCGAACCGCCCAGACCGGUGGCCAAAGCUCAACAAAAAACCAAAGACAAUCAAGUUAGUUUACAGGUAGUGUACAAGCCCCCAUUCAAGUUUAGCGUCAAGCUCAGCAAGUCCAAACCGGACCUAACGAAAGACAAGCGGCCGGACCGCACAAAGCAGCGCGCGGCCCUAUUGAUCAGGGCCAAUAGGGCGCGUGGUGGUGGUGUCGCCGCCAGUGCUUCCAAGCAACAAGCGAAGAAGCAGCAGGCCAACAACGGCAGCUGCAGCAGAGCCGCCCCGCAGGAGCCGAAGAACGCGUCGACCGCGGUCACUGCCAGCAGACUGCAACCGCCGGAGCCCAUCUACGAGAACGCGGCCAUCGACUUGCUACGCAUGUCGUCUACGGAACACGAUGGCCACCAGCCGAUAUUCCCGGUGGCCGCGUCGCCGCCGAACAAACAGAGGAAGUCGUUCGCGGGUGUGGACGCGAAAACCGACGAGGCGCCCCGAUCCAAGCGGAACAGCGUGCCACAACAGUCACUGCAGCAGCCGAGUACGUCGGGCAACAGCAAUCUGAUGCGGUUCCCGUCCACCGAGAACAAGCAUCAGGCCAACAGCAACAGCUGCCCCGCGCCCGCCAAUAACGCGACUAAUAAAUCUGAUGAAAACCGAAAAGACGAAAAAACGUGAUAGGCGCGCGACGAGGUAAUUUUACGAUUUUUCUUUUAAAAUUAUGUUAAUAUUAAUAUUACGAUGUUAUUCUUCCAUCAUCAUUACGACCGAUCGUGUUAGUCUUUACGUUAAUUUCGUUCAUCGAAUUCCGAUCGAAACCGUCGGGAACCCAACACAUAGCAUGCCUACCGCAUCGGCGCUCGUGAUCUCAGUCCCGAAGUUUCCCCUUCACCCACCCACCCACACACUUCCGAUUUCGUAUUCAAUAUCUCGCUGACGAUGACAAUUAUUAUAAUAUAAUCGUCCACAGGUCACCCACAGUUCCGGUCGCCGAUUAGUCGUGUACAUAAUAUAUUAUUAUUAUAUUCCAUCGCCGUGGACUGGAGAAUCGGUCGUAGGAAAUACGUGCGUGUGUCAGUUUUUCCGAAUCAUUUACGUUUCGAUUUACUCGAUCCCGUCGAAUCGCAAUUUUAUAUCGUUUUGGCGUACCGUCGAUCGACACUACUUUGUGAUAAAUGUUAAUAGCGCGACGAAAAUGAGGAAAAGCUGACUAAUGCAAAAUCUACAUUGCGAACGACAAUAUUUCGUAGGGUCUUUUUAUUGAGCGUAUUACUCUCUUUUUUUUACGCGUUUUCCCAUUCCAUUUGUGUAUGUGUACUAUGUAGGUAUAACCCGAGAUUUCGAAUACUAAUAAUGCAUAAUAAAAACACGAAAACGCAUCCAUCACAAAUAUUAUUAUGCAACACACUGUUUGUUGUAGGUAAUAAACGAAAUUAUAGUCAUUUUUAUUAUUAAAU